AUGCGUCCUAAGUGUUUCCUCGCGCUUCUUGCCGUUCUGGUUCCGUUUAUAGCCAUUGCCGCCCGGAGCGACUCGUCGGUGGGAGCUUGGCAGCCGCUACAGAGCCUGAAAAGUCCGCACUUGCAAGAGAUCAGGAAGUUCGCCGUCCCCCAGUACAACAAGCAAUCGGGGAAGGACUUGAAUUUGGAAAAGGCUGUCAAGGGCGAGACUCAGAUCGUCGCCGGCAUUAAUUACCGUCUCGUCAUUGAGGUGAAAAAUGGUGCCAAAUCGGAGCGAUAUCAGGAGCUGACAUCCUUCGCCGCUCGGAGCAAGUCGUCGGCGGUGGGAGGUUGGCAGCCGAUAAGGAACCUGAAAGAUCUGCACGUGCAAGAGAUCGCGAAUUUCGCCGUCAACGUAUACAACAAGGAAUCCGGGAAGGACUUGAAGUUGGAAAAGAUCGUCAAGGGCGAGGCUCAGAUCGUCUACGGCACUAAUUACCAGCUUGUCAUUGAGGUGAAAAAUGGGACAAAAUCGGAGCGAUAUCAGCUGGUUAUCUAUGAGCAAGGUUAA